UGAAAGAGAUAGAUAGGUGACAGACUGGCAAUAGCCAAGUCAAGAACAACAACAGAAAAAGACUCUCUCUUUAUCCUUCUCCCUCUCUCUACUCUAUUCUAUAUAAAUAAUAUUAAUAAAAUUGUAAGUAUGUCGGUAUAAAUUUUCUUUCUUUCUCCAAAUUUGUGCCCUGUAUUCUAGCUUCACCAGAUUCUCAUUCAGAUAGAGACACAAUGAGUCUAUUUGGUCUUGGAAGCAGAAACCAGAAAACGUUUCGUCCUAAGAAGAAUGCUACCCCAAGGACUAAGGGAGCUCAACUUCAGAAACACAUUGAUUCAACUUUGGGAAAUGGGAAUUUAAGGGAAGUCAUUAGACUUCCUCCUGGUGAAGAUAGUAAUGAAUGGCUAGCUGUGAACACUGUGGACUUUUUUAACCAAGUGAACAUCCUGUAUGGUACUCUCACUGAGUUCUGCACUGAAACCAAUUGUCCAGUCAUGAAUGCUGGACCAGUAUACUCAUAUAAGUGGGCUGAUGGGGUGACCAUAAAAGAGCCAAUAAAGGUCUCUGCUCCAAAAUAUGUUGAGCUGUUAAUGGAUUGGAUUGAAGUUCAACUUGAUGAUGAGUCAACAUUCCCUCAAAGAUUGGGUGUUCCUUUUCCACCCAAUUUCAAAGAAGUGGUGAAGACAAUCUUCAAGAGAAUGUUUCGUGUGUAUGCACACAUUUACCAUAGCCAUUUUGAGAAGAUACUGAGUUUGAAAGAAGAAGCUCAUCUCAAUACUUGCUUUAAGCACUUUAUUCUCUUUACUAGGGAGUUCAAGUUAAUUGACAAACGACAGCUUGAGCCUCUUCACGAACUUGUGGAGUCUAUUCUUCGACAAUAUAAUACCAGCAUGGAUGAAUGGGAAUGGGAAUGGGAAUGAGAUCACCCUCAAAUUUUGUGGACUUUUUUUUUAAUUUAUUUUAUUUAGUUUUGCAAUUUGGGAACACAAUAUAUAUGUGAUUUUUUGUUGGAGUGUGUGAGUGAAAUAUAUUUUCUUCUUCUCUCCAGCACCAACAACUCAUCACUUGCAGUUUUUUUUGGGAGUUAGACAUGAUCAGAAUAAUAAAAAUAAAUACAAAGUCGCACAAGUUUUUAGAUUACAAA